AGAGGGAGUCAUAUGCGUAAGGAGGGUGUGUCACACUCCUAUUGGUGGAGGGUUGUCGCAUGAUGAUUUGUAUGCAAGACGCAGUUGAACCAAUUUAUUAUAGGGUACAUGGGAGCUCAAAGCUUAUGACACGUGAAAAAGUUCUUGCAUAUAGAAGGCAGCACUGAACAAGAAUAGCUAUAUCUGUGAGUAGAGGAAACGUACCUUAUUGGAAACUAAGGACAAUCAAAUUGAUAUUGUUUACAAAACUUACUUGUAAACAACAAUAUUUGCGCUUUCAGGGUCAUAAAUUUUUAACUAAUUGUAUGACCACACCCAGGAUAAAAUUACUUUGAGAUGACCAUGAGAAACAAUUGAAUCAUCGAAUGCAACCUCGAUGGACAGGCAUCCAUUUUUCCAAAUCAUAUUAAUGUAAGAUAAGAUAUAUAAAAAUAAUUUAUUUUUAUUACUUGGCCUAUUUUGAUCAAAAACGAAGGAAAUGAAAAAGAGAAUGAAAAUGUUUUUUGUUUUUUUAAGCUUUAAAUGUUUCAAUGAGAGGGCUGGAUAUAUGACACUGGGUUUUUGUCAUACCUCUGUUAUAAAACAACUGAGCACAGGUUAUAAGAACUACUAUAUUACUUCACCUCUUUAUUUGAAACACCCAUGUGGUUGGAAAUCAAUAAAAAGACACUGAUUUAUGUAAUUUUUGUAAUGGAUAAUUUAAAACAGAAAUUUCUACUCAAAAUCCAAUCUAUGAAAAAUACAUUUGAGGUGAACAUUCCACAGAUGAGGUUCCGUGUACAACUUAACGCAACUUUACUUAUAAUAAUUUGAAGAGUGUUAAGAAACUGAACUCUUUUCUUCUUUUUCUAUCCCUAACUAAUCCACAUCUUAUAUUCAACCUGAGCUAAAACAGAAAAACAUCAAGUAAUCCUUUUGAUAUGUUAGAAUGACCUAAUAAACACCUGUGUCUGGGUUGUUAGAAUAAGGAAAAUUUAUAGCGUGGUAUAAAUAUGAUUAAGAGUUAACCAGAAAUAUAUUUGAAGACUUCAUCUUUUUUUAUAUUUUUUUUUAGGUGCUAUCUAUCUCCAACCUAUGCAGUACUUUUUCUAAUGAUGGGCAAGAAAACAAUGUCAGUGACAGAUUGGACGAAAUUAAUCUAGACUCCCAAAAUAUUCCAGAAAAAGACCAGGCAUACCCUGCAUCAUCAGAAACGGUAGAAAGUUUAAGUGGUGGGGUAGUUGAGUUUUUUACUAUAAAUUUUGAUCCAUACAGCAUAGAAAACUUCUUUAAACAAUGGCUUCAUGAUUUCAACACCGAUACAGAAUGUGUACGAUUAAUCUUUUCGGGAGGAGAAUUGUCAGAACAAUUCGUUAUCAAAUGUGAUGCCCAGGAACGAAUGGUCAAUCCAGAAACUGUUCCUUUCAGUAGCCAAUUUUUUCUCUCAUUAGAUGCAAGUUUCACACAAAUAGCCAAUUCCAGCCAAGCUAAAAACAUAACCAAAAAGGUACCAGUUUAUGACCUAAAAGUUGAAAGUACAAUCAAAAUUUCUGGAAUUUGUGAUUCUGUCCUUUUCGGUCCUCCUGUUAUUAUUUUUGCAACUCGCUGUUGGAAGAUGGACUGGGAAGAGUUAGAAUCUAAUCAAAAACACUUUGCUGCAUUAAACAACCUAUUGAAAGAAAAGGGUGUGGUGCUGUUAGCACGAAGACAGGCUAAACUUUACAUUUCUAAUGCAGACAACAGAGGGAGUCCACCUAAUGGUUAUUACGUAAUCUUCCCCUCUAAUAAUCAGUCAAUGUUAAUUAAAAGUAUCAUCACCAAGGAAUUUUUACUUCCAAAUGUGAUGGGUUCUGUAACAGAAGUAAUGAUACCCUCUGAUGAAGCAAAAACCAGAGUCUCAGAUUCUCUUAAACACUUGGAAUGUUGGGAAACCUACAAUCCACUCUCAGUUUCAUGUGGAUUGUAUUCGCACUUGGCUAACAGUCUAAGAAAAAAGAAACCACAGAGGGUUUGUAAAAAUGUAAUUUCUUCUAACAGUCAGAGUGGUAAGAUAAGGCACCUUGCCCCUUGUCCAGACACCUCAAAUAAAAGGUUAAGAAAAACUCCUCAGACAAAGGAAACAGAACUUCAAUUUAUAGCAGUAGGAAAUAAGAAAAAUUUCUUAAGCACCGCAAACAGUAAAAUAUCUCAUCUAUUAAACAGAAACUUUCCAAAAGACCUGUAAAAUUAUAAUGGAAUGUGUAAUAAAUGUA